GGGGUGAAGACAGCUGAGUAGUAGCAGGUGUACUGCCAGUCGGAAGACAAUUCUCUCAGUUCCAUAUUUCUGCAGCCAGAGAGCGGAGUGCGUUUUCUUCGUUUCUUCUCAACUCGAACCGGUUCCUUCGAGUGGAAUUUUUAAUAAACUUUCUUUCUUCUCCGAUUGACAGUAAACUUUAGCCAUGGAUCGUGACACAUAUCUGAAAAAAGUCCAGGCCAUCAGAGUGGCCAAAGAAACUGCUAUGGACAAGGUGGAGGUCAUUGAGGAAAAACUGAAGUCCACCGAGACCGAAAGAGGCCGCUUGGAUGAGGAACUGAACUGGUUACAAAAGAAAUAUUCUAACAUGGAGAAAGAACUGGAUACUGUGAACAAUGACCUGUCUAAAGCCCAGGACAUGAUGCACUACGCCGAAGAAAGAGUUAGCGAGUGUGAUACAGAGAUCCAGAACUUGCAAAGGAGGAUACAAAUGUUGGAGUUACAACUUGAGAGAAGUGAUGAAGCUUUGUCUGUGAAAAAGACCGAAGAAGUAACAAACCAGGAGAAGCUGAAGGAAGCCGAGUUGAGGGCAACAAACGCCGAACGAACGGUGACCAAACUGGAAGAAGAUCUGGAGAAAAUGGAAGUCUCAUUGAACGAAGAGAAGGAUAAAUAUAACCAACUCAUUAAAGAUUUAGACGAUGCUUACAACGAUGUAGCAUUGUAUUAAAAUGCAACUGCCUCAUAACUUUCUCCUUCCCGUCCGACCUGACUCUUUUGCAAUUUUAUUUUCUCCCCUCACGAGAAAGGUAAGAAAUUUAAUGUUUUCAGCCAGAUAUUAUUUAAAAGCGAAUACUAGCCAUAACUAGCCAGACAAACAUUAUUUCUAAUAAUGACAAUGCAAGCAGCAUUAAACAACGCUGUUAACAAUAAAGAGCAGUUAAUUAAAAAAAGAUGUAAUUAAGAUUAGUGGAACAUCUCUAAUCUUUUUUAUUUUUAUAUAUUUUUAAAUUGUGAAAAUUAUUUGGAGGAAAACAAACCUACUCUGCACCUUCUCUAUCGAUAUCCUGUUUAUAAUCCAGUUAGUUCACCAGUUAAACAAUAAUCCAGCCAUCAUAUUGUUUAUCAUUGAUUGAUUGAUGAUCACAAAGAUCAAUAUGCCAACGACAGUCACACUAUAUCACCAACCGGUGUUCUCUCAGUAAUUUUAUCUCUCUGUUAUUCACAUUAAUCAAACGUUUUAACAAGAAAAAAUUUUAAAGGCAAAAGCCAAGCGUUAGUCCUGCCGUGUUUGUAGUUUUGCUGGAAACAUAAUUGUUUGGAACUUUAUAAACCAGAGACCAACAUCACAGGUCGUAGUUGAAACAACCAAGUCUUCUUUAACAACAACUUUGGAAAUGUGUGAAAGAUCGUCAAACAAACAAUAACAAAACAGAACAAAAAACAAAAACAAGAAAAACAAUGAUUUGUUUUGAAAAUGAAUAUUUGCAUGAAGAAAAUAAACUUUAAAAAUCUAUGACUAGAAUCUUCAUCUUGGAAAUAAAUUUGGUUACAUUUAAUAUUUGUUAAAUUUUGGUAAAAACAACGUUAAGUGUCUUGUCGAAGGACCAAAAUAAACAAAACAAUAACACUCCAACAAAACAACAAACAGACAAAAACAGAUGUGAACAGCUGUUCCUGAAAGAAAAACUGAAGUCAAUUAUGUAUAUAUAUAUAUAUAUAUAUAUAUAGAUAUAUCUAUAUAUAUAUAUAUAUAUAUACAUACAUAUAUAAUAGUAGAUGAUGAAAGAUGUACAACAAAUCUGAACUAAUUCCAUCAUGGAAUUGUUUGCCGACUGACUUCAGUAUUCUUAUUUAGAGUUUUUAUAUAUUUUUGGUCAAUCGAUGCCAGCCAGCAAUGGAGUCUUGCUCUACCCGGCUUUUAUUUCAAAACAACAAACACUGUAAUACUGCAGAUAGCUUAAUCUUAAAAGAAAGAUUUAUGAGCGGAUAAGUCUCAAAAGCAAAACCAAAAAACUGGGAAUACUGUCACAGAGACUGCAAUAGAACAAGUUCAUAAAAAAAAAACAUACAGACGUAUGGAAAGUAAGAGCUAUACUACAUGUUAUUCGCUUAUUUGGUAGCCUCGGAAAGAAUUUCUUCAAGAAGAACAGCAUUUUAACAGUUUUUAUUCUUGGAGAAAACAUUUCAAAAAACUUUAAUCAAUCAAUAAAUAAUAAAUGUAAUGAAUUAUUUGAGAUUUUUUAAAUCUUCAAUUACAUGUCUUUAAAACGAACCAACGAUAUACUGGAAAUCAAAAACAUUUGGACUUGGUAAUACAUUCACUGACCAAACUCAGACAGUCUUCAAUGAACUUGAAUCAGUGAAAUUAUUGGCUGGUUUUUUAACGUUUGGUGAAAAUUAAACAACAAAAAUGAAGAAAAGCGUACUAACUGCAGAUGGAAUCUACUGGAACCACAUGCUUAAUCUGCACUUCCGCUCACCAUAAUACCAAUAAGGCUGCGUUGCUGCUUAGUUUCUGGGGUUUUCUCCUAGCAUCAUUUUUUUAAAAAAAUUUCUUAUCUGAAAUAACUUGAAAAUGUAUUUGGCUGGCGUUUUCACUCUGGAAAUCAAGUGCUAACCAAAUCUGAAAAAUAAAACUGAAUUAUAAUUUCAAAA